AUGCCAUUACUACGUCGUCGUGCUGCUGCCAGCGAUGCUGAAAUGCGACGGCAUAGCUUCUUUCCCGUCGAUUCCAAUACUCUCAAUCCAAUUCUCGACACCGAACUUCCAGAUGGCAGAGCGAGUGAACAAAUGCCACGACGUCCCUCGCCUGCUGAUUUCCCAUCAAAUGCCGCAGACCCAGGAACAAUGACAUCGUUACCCAUGUUAGUUAGACCUGCCACAGAUUAUCCUGCUGCGCUUCAGCGAUCGGGGUCACCACCGAUCCAGGAGGAAACUUCGAAACAUCGUCGCUUCUCCAUGUUAAGGUUUCGACAUGCUUCCGACUCGCAAUUGUCCACACGGUCGCGACUACAGGCUCAGAGUUCAAUAGCGGAAGAUGCUCCUCCGAUACCUCAGCCCCCAGAGAUUAUCACCACGGCUCCAACCAUGGAUUUCAAUGGAGGACGCCCUAUGAAGAAAAAGUCGCGGGUUAGACUUCCCGGCCGUACCAAAUCGACGGCUGUGAAUAACAAUCGAGCGAAGCAACAAGAGCAACCGCCAUCACAACCAGAAGAUACAUCAGAUAUCGAAAUGAUCUCCAAGAAAGAACGAAGAAAGACCAUGUCAGAGUCGGGACCGAGCAAUAAAAGCCGUGUUACUUUUGACGAACCAAAUCGCCCAAUGACCCAUGGCAAUGGUGGCUCACCUCCUGCAUAUGGAGACGAGGCGUCCUCGGCAUUGGCUCUGCCAGUAAAUAGACUUUCUGAAUCUUCGAGGUCAGAUGCAAGCUCGGGCGAGCAUGGAGUAUAUGCAACGACCACGACAACUACGCACACUGUCCAAACAACAACAACCUUCUUUCGUCUUCCUCGCCGGAAGAAGCCCGCUCCGUUAUUCGAUCUGAGCCAUCUCCCACAAAAGUCCGCGCAAAACGAUGCUUCGAAUUCGCUUUCUGUCACGAGAUACCCCACGGCUCCUUCGUCCGGCUCGGUUCGGGCCACAACCCCCAAAUCAUCGGACGACCUGACGCCACACGGUUCUCAUUCUCCAUUCCCACCGUCUCCGUCUCAUACCCCUUCCUCUCCCACUGCUUUGAAGAAGACAUCAUCGGGUGUAGGUCGGCCAGGCACCCCCUUAUUACGACAAGGUUCCACUGCGUCAUCUUCGAGAUCGUCACCCACCCGUUCCAGAUUAACGCUGCGCGGUCGUUCAUCCACUUUGAGCUCUCUGAGAAAUGCACCAAAUGAAGACUCUUUACCGACCCCCACGUUACCAUCGACCAGGACUUCUACAUCCACUGGCAGGAAAAGUUUUGGCGAUUUGUUCAAUCUUACAGCUCGAUUGCGCCAGAAUCCUGAACCGGGAAAUAAUUCGGGACCCACCACCCCUGCUUCGAACACUUCGAAGAACAAUUCUAUGCAAUUGAACCGAGAAGAGGCUAUCAUCCUGCCGGAACGAUACGAUGAUGAUACACCAGCAAAUUAUUUAGUCAGGCUAGAAGAAGCGGUUAGUCGAGGUGUGGUAGCUAGUGUAUUGUCGAAAGGAACGGACUCUUUCUCACAGGCUGUCCUUCGUAGCUAUAUGAGAGGAUUCGGUUUCUUUGGAGAUCCUAUGGACAUGGCCAUUCGAAAGUUGCUCAUGGAAGUUGAGCUCCCAAAGGAGACGCAGCAGAUCGACAGGUGUUUGCAAGGUUUUGCAAACAGGUAUCAUGAGUGCAAUCCUGGCAUCUAUGCAUCUCCUGACCAAGCCUACUUUAUCGCAUUUUCACUUCUCAUUCUACAUACAGAUGUAUUCAACAAAAAUAACAAACAUAAAAUGACCAAGGCAGACUACAUCAAGAACACCCACGGCGAAGGAAUCUUUGACGAAAUUCUAGAAUGCUUCUAUGAUAACAUUUCAUACACACCCUUUAUCCACGUGGAGGAUGACCUAGAUAUCAAUGGCGAGAGAAUCAUACCCCACAAGAUGAAGAAGAAGUCAAAGAUGCUUCGGGGAGGUGGCGAUCCUAACAAACGUCCCUCGAAAGAACCGGUUGACCCUUAUACUUUGAUUCUUGAUAGCAAACUUGAUACUUUGCGCCCCAAUCUAAAAGACGUCAUGCAUCUUGACGAGCAUUAUAGUUAUCUCGGCACUGCGCCGUGUCUGAAUCUACAAAAUUUACAGAAGACCUUCUUCAAGACGGGUGUUUUACAGAUUGUUUCGGCCAGAUCACGACCAGAUGCCUUCAUGUCGGAAAAAACUGUUACAAAUCCUGAGGAAGCACAAGCUGGCAUCGUGGAUAUAAAAAUUACCAAGGUUGGUUUAUUAUGGCGAAAAGAUGCAAAGAAGAAGAAGACUCGCUCUCCGUGGCAGGAGUGGGGGGCUAUUCUAACUGGUGCUCAAUUGUACUUUUUUCGAAAUACUACGUGGAUCAAAAGCUUGAUGCAUCAGCACGAGACGCAUAUCAAACAAGGUCACGAUGGCACGCCUGUCAUUUUCAAGCCUCCGCUAGAACAGUUCAAACCUGAUGCAUUGAUGUCGACUGAUGAUGCAGUCGCUCUAGUAGAUUCUACCUACAAGAAGCACAAGCACGCAUUCGUCUUUGUGCGCCAUGGAGGAUUUGAGGAGACUUUUUUGGCCGAUAAUGAAGAUGAGAUGAAUGAUUGGUUGGCUAAGCUCAACUAUGCCGCAGCGUUUAGGACUGCUGGAGUGCGUAUGCGUGGUGUGGUUGGGGGCAACUACGAAGGGCAACGCAAUCGAGGCAUCCGUCGACUCGAUAGUGCAAACGAUUCUACCAAGUUUAUUCAAACUCCUUCUGGUGAAGUUUCGAUAGUCAGUGGAAAGAUUGACAACAAAAUGCAGGACGAUAUUUUGGCAGCACGUCGCCAAAUUAUGCUACAAAAAGUGGUGGAAGCCGAAGAAAAGCUUACCGUUGCCGUGAAACAGUUGGAUUCUCAACUUCGAAAUGCUCGCCAUUUACAAAUCCUAGCUCCAGUUCAACAAAAGACGAGAGAUCAAGUUUUGUCAGCUGCAGCUCGCAUGGCGGCUCAAUUGAAGUGGGGUAGAAUGGAAAUCUGGCGCUUGAAGUGUCACAGGGAUAUUUUGAUUUUGGAUCUUGACGAAGAAAAAAACACGGAAGGAGAUUUUACGCAAAAGACAGAUUCAAACGGAGAUACACCAAUGUCUGCACGAUCUGCUUUGAACCGUUUGCAAUCCAAGGCAAGUAGCUUAGCGCCGCAAGGCACGCCAAAGUCACCUACGUUAGACUCCACGACUCGGCCUUCUACGUCCGGUCCAUCGCUCUCACCGUCAACAGAGAAAGAACACACGAUGGAUGACAUAUUUCAGGCGGCACCAAACUCGAUGCACAAAGCUCAAGCAUCUUGGGAACUUCCACCUUUGGCUAUCAAUGAACAGACUACACGUAAACCUUCAGUUUCCAGUGUCGUACUCCCCAGUCCCAGUCUUGCCACGGUGCCAUCUCGUUCAAGUUUGAAUCAAGCUCCAACCUUGAGCUCUAAACCUUCGGAUCCAAAUCUCGAUGCUGCGGAGCAAUCUGUUCUUGAACAAGCUGGAUUGGUCGAUUCGGACAUGGCGAGCGAAGAGAAAGAGCAGUCAAACGACAAGGAUAAGUUUGGCAAAGGCAAAAUUCGUCGCAGUAUUCAUCAAACCCUGCGCGAGGCGCAUGUUCCAACGCAUCACCGUAGUCGAAGAGGCAGGGACUCGAAUUCUAGUGCCGGUAUGUCAGAUGAAGGUACUACAGAUGACAUACUCUCUCGUGGUUCUGGAAGCUUCGUUGUACAUGGCAAAAAGGCUUCAGUCAUCACAUUCGGGACCGAACUUCAAAGCUUGUCACCAGAAGAACGCCUGCGUCUUCGUAAACAGCCUCACAAGGAAGACUCUGAAGCGACAUCACCUGCGACUAUCGAUGACGACUUCCACUCCAUCCUUGCCGAACCAAUUGAGUUUCACCAGCGCCAUAAUUCAGCUGCAAGCACAAGCACAGCGACUGCCAGGAGUUUUCGGGAAUUGCAUCGGAAAUAUUCCUCCCAGCACUCAGACAAACCUCCAAACCUUGCUGCCACUGUAGAUGACGACGACGAAGCGGCAGUAAGUAUGUCUGACGGCCGACGAAGCCCAUUACCCCCGGUCGAAGACGAAAACGAAGACGAAGAUUCAAGUAGUAAUGACAGAACAAAAUUCUACACACCAGAUCCCUCACCUCGUGUAGCCGAGUUUGAUGAGCAUUCGCUUGUUGAACCAAAUCCACAGCACGAAAUCGAACACAUCGAUUCGAACGAGCGGCUACCAAGUCCUACUUUUCAAACCGUCGGUGCUUGA